AUGAUUGUUAAUGAAUUCUGCCUGCCACUCACACUUGUUGUACGUCUCGACCCCAUUAUACACAAACCUCUUUUUGUUGGAUCUUUCUUUAUUGGUUUCAUCUUAGGAAUUUUGAUUGCCCUACCUCUUAUUAUUCUUUAUUCAAAGAACUGGUCAAUAAAAGAGAAGUAUCUGAGGAGAGGGGGCGAUAUAGAAUCUUAUUUUCUGUGUUGUAAACAAAUUAAUAUCAAGAAACGCAUUGUCCUUCUUCCUGAUAAAGCGAAUUCUUGGGCUUUUCAGCAAACGAAAAGAAUACAAAAAUGUCAAAUGAGUGUCACAGAGAAAAGCGAAACCAUCAACCGCAUAAGGAAUAAUCGAGGCAUGGUGGACGUUUUGAUGCAGAAAAACAGUGAUGCAGUAUUAGAAGAAGUGACCAAACAAGACAUUGAAGUUUUGGAGAAAAUUGAAAAAGAUCAAAACAGUGAGAAAGAAAAAAUGAUGAUGUGUAUGCUUGAAAAAUUGUUGAUAGAAGAAUCAUUCAAUGGUACACUUCCCACUGAUUUUUGUAUUAACGAUUUCAUGAAAAAUAUGGAAAAAGAUUUGCAAAAUAUUAACCAAAUAAAAAAGAUGGACACAGCAGAAGAAAAUGUGGUGAUUAAGAGAGAAAGACUCUUCAGAAAAACACCAUUGGACACUGAGCUUGGCUAUAACAAAGAAAGUGGUAUCACUAACAGAAUAAAGCGGGAAAUGAAAAAAGAAAGGGUCAAGAAGAUACGAAAUAACUUUUAUCAAGCAAAUAUUGACAAUUCAGUGGCAGAAAGAAUAAAAGAGAAAAUGGAAAAGCUUAGUGCCACCUGGGAUAAGCAUUGCGCAUUAGAACAGAAAAGGAUAUCUGAACGCAUUCCUUGUCUAAACAUUGUUGUUCCUCCAACCAUUCGUUUUGUUUCCCAGAGCAUUCCUAGUCCAAACAUCGGUGUUCCUCCAACCAUUCGUUUUGUUUCUCAGAGCAUUCCUAGUCCAGACAUUGUUGUUCUUCGAACCAUUCGUUUUAGCAUUCCUAGUCCAAACAUCGUUCUUCCUCCAACCAUUCGUUUUGUUUCUCAGAGCAUUCCUAGUCCAAACAUUGUUGUCCCUCCAACCAUUCGUUUUGUUUCUCUGAGCAUUCCUAGUCCAAAUAUCGUUGUUCCUCCAACCAUUCGUUUUGUUUCUCAGAGCAUUCCUAGUACAAACAUCGUUGUUCCUCCAACUAUUCGUUCAUUCCUACUCCAAACAUCAUUGAUCCUCCAACCAUUCGUUUUGUUUCUCAGAGCAUUCCUAGUCCAAACAUUGUUGUUCUUCCAACCAUUCGUUUUCUUUCUCAGAGCAUUCCUAGUCCAGACAUUGUUGUUCGUCCAACUAUUCGUUGUUUCUCUGAGCAUUCCUAGCGCAAACAUCGUUGUUCCUCCAACCACUCCUUUGGUUUCUCAAAGCAAUCCUAGUCCAAACAUUGUUGUUCCUCCAACCAUUCGUUUUGUUUCUCAGAGCAUUCCUAGUCCAAACAUUGUUGUUCCUCCAACCAUUCGUUUUGUUUCUCAGAGCAAUCCUAGUCCAAACAUCGUUGAUCCUCCAACCAUUCGUUUUGUUUCUCAGAGCAUUCCUAGUCCAAACAUUGUUGUUCCUCCAACCAUUCGUUUUGUUUCUCAGAGCAUUCCUAGUCCAAACAUUGUUGUUCUUCUAACCAUUCGUUUUGUAUCUCUGAGCAUUACUAGUCCAAACAUUGUUAUUCCUCCAACCAUUCGUUUUGUUUCUCAGAGCAUUCCUAGUCCAAACAUUGUUGUUCCUCCAACCAUUCGUUUUGUUUCUCAGAGCAUUCCUAGUCCAAACAUUGUUGUUCCUCCAACCACUCGUUUUGUUUCUCAACGCAAUCCUAGUCCAAACAUUGUUGUUCCUCCAACCAUUCGUUUUGUUUCUCAGAGCAUUCCUAGUCCAAAUAUCGUUGUUCCUCCAACCAUUCGUUUUAGCAUUCCUAGUCCAAACAUCGUUGUUCCUCCAACCAUUCGUUUUGUUUCUCAGAGCAUUCCUAGGUCAAACAUCGUUGUUCCUCCAACCAUUCGUUUUGUUUCUCAGAGCAUCCCUAGUCCAAACAUUGUUGUUCCUCCAACCACUCUUUUGGUUUCUCAAAGCAAUCCUAGUCCAAACAUUGUUGUUCCUCCAACCAUUCGUUUUGUUUCUCAGAGCAUUCCUAGUCCAAACAUUGUUGUUCCUCCAACCAUUCGUUUUGUUUCUCAGAGCAUUCCUAGUCCAAACAUCGUUGUUCCUCCAACCAUUCGUUUUGUUUCUCAGAGCAUUCCUAGUCCAAACAUCGUUGUUCCUCCAACCAUUCGUUUUGUUUCUCAGAGCAUUCCUAGUCCAAACAUCGUUGUUCCUCCAACCAUUCGUUUUGUUUCUCAGAGCAUCCCUAGUCCAAACAUUGUUGUUCCUCCAACCACUCUUUUGGUUUCUCAAAGCAAUCCUAGUCCAAACAUUGUUGUUCCUCCAACCAUUCGUUUUGUUUCUCAGAGCAUUCCUAGUCCAAACAUUGUUGUUCCUCCAACCACUCGUUUUGUUUCUCAACGCAAUCCUAGUCCAAACAUUGUUGUUCCUCCAACCAUUCGUUUUGUUUCUCAGAGCAUUCCUAGUCCAAAUAUCGUUGUUCCUCCAACCAUUCGUUUUGUUUCUCAGAGCAUUCCUAGUCCAAACAUCGUUGUUCCUCCAACCAUUCGUUUUGUUUCUCAGAGCAUUCCUAGUCCAAACAUCGUUGUUCCUCCAACCAUUCGUUUUGUUUCUCAGAGCAUUCCUAGGCCAAACAUCGUUGUUCCUCCAACCAUUCGUUUUGUUUCUCAGAGCAUUCCUAGUCCAAAUAUUGUUGUUCCUCCAACCAUUCGUUUUAGUUUAAACAAAAAGCAAUGGAGCCGAAGAAUGGUUGCUGAGAAGCAAAUUCUCAGUGAAAUGGAAGAAGACAUGCCUUUGAAUGAAAGUGUGUCCUUGUUGGGUAAUGUAUUGAACACAUUUGUCAAUAAUGGGCAACUGAUUCACAAAAGGUGUCAGGAGUUGAUUGAUGAAUUCAAAAGAGACAAAGUGUAUCUCAGAAAACAGUUAAAUGAAGAUGCCAGUCAAAAGCUUGAAGAGCUUACAAGGAAAUUGAGAGAGAAACGUUUGGAAGAGCUAAUGAAAUUAGAAGAUAAACACUUCAAAGAGAAACAAAAGCUUCUGGAUGCUUCUAAGGAAAAUCAAAAUUUCAAUACAGAAUCCAGCAUUCAGAACUAUCUGUCUGAAACAACCAAAAUAAAUACAGAAUUAGAAAACAAGUUAAAUGAGUUGGACCAAAAAGAAGCUGAAGCUAUGGAACUGUUUUUAGUGCAAGUGAAGCAGAGUCAUACGGCUGAAGUGUGUGAGACUGAAUUGGAUUUUUUUAAUGAUUUGAAAACCAAAACCAACUUUACUCAAAAUGAUGUGCAGAAACUGAUCCACCAAUACAAAGCACAACAGAAGAAAUAUGCUGCAAUGUGUGAAAAGGCAUGCAGAGAGCGAGAAUCACUCUUCAAAGAAGAGUUGGAAAAACAAAUUCAGGAACAAAAAGAACGUAAACAUAUGGCUGAAGCUGAACAAGUGGCAAUUUUCAAUGAACAGGAAUCAAUUAUGACAAAAAUGCUUGAAAACAAUGCAAACAUAGAUGAAGAAAAGAAAGAAGAAUUUCUGAAAAUCCAUAAACAGAAAAUGCAAGAACUUAGCAAUCACCUGGAAACAACUCGCAUUAAACAAGAACAAAAUCUUCAAGUUCUUCUUGCUCAACGUCGAUCCAAUGUCAAAGAAUUGAAAGAAGAGAAAGAAAAAGCAGCAAAAGAAAAAAAGACAGAAGAGAACAAAAAGCUGCAAGAGAAAUUGAAUGCUGAGAUAGAAGCUGCUGAAUUGCAACUUGAAAAAGAAAAAAGUAAAGCAGAGGAGGAAGGGCGUCAACAACUUAUGGAAGAAACCAAAGUUAUCCUGGAGCAACAUCAUAAUGAACUGGCUGCUGAAAUUGGAAAGAUGGAGAUUGCAAAGGCACGAAGAAAAGUCUUUAUGGACAGACAAGACAGUACUCUGCAAUGCCUUCACGAAAAGCUGGAGGGGCUAGUUGGCUCAGAACGCACUCCUCAAGGUUUGUCAAAUCAAAUUGUUCAGCGUCACCAAAAUGUGAUGCAUCAUCUGGAACAACAACAAAAAGCAGAGAGAGAAAAACAACAAAGAAUUCUACAAGCCAAGAUUGAAGAAAAGCAUCUACAGAAACAACGGGAACUUACAAAAGAAUUCCAUGAACUCAAAGAAUUUCAAGUGCAAAAGCAGAAAGGUACCAGUGCUGCUGCUUCGAUUCUUUGUAAUAUUCUUCUUGAGAAAAGACAAGAAGAAAAUAAGGCAGCAUUAGAAAAAGAGAUGAAAGCAGAACUGGAAAAGAAAUGCCGAGAUUUAGAUAUUGUCCUUGAAAAGAAGUUAAACAAAGAACUAAAGCAACAAAGACAGAACUUUUUAGUUGAACUGGCAGCUAUUAGUGAUCUGGACAAAGACGAAGUCAAAGACCUCAUAAGUCAAGUUGUCAUGGAGACUAAAGCAAGCAAACAAACCAAAAAGAAACUCACCCAAAAUCUUACAAAAGAAUUAGAGAAAGCCAAGACAGAAUUGCAUGUCACUGAGGAUGAAAGACAAUGA